UUUAUCCAUAAAUAACCAUAUGUAAUUGAUGCAAGAUGUGCACAAGUUGAAAAGCUUCUUUCAUACUAAAAUAAUUUGCUAUCUUUUGACCAUAAACUUAUCCAUAAAUAACCAUAUGUAAUUGAUGCACGAUGUGCACAAGCUAGUGGAAUUGACAUGGAUGGUGGUGAUGUGGGAGAAAAGGGUGGCAUUACUGUGACAUGGGAAAACUUCAAGGUCAUUGUUACAAAGAAUAAAAAACAAAUUCUGCAUGGACUUACAGGUUAUGCCCAGCCUGGGAAGCUUUUGGCUGUAAUGGGUCCCUCAGGCAGUGGCAAAUCCACACUCCUUGAUGCCUUAGCAGGAAGAUUGAGAUCAGAUAUACAGCAAUCAGGGAAGAUUUUAAUCAAUGGAAAAACACAAACACUGGCUUAUGGAACAUCAGGCUAUGUAACACAAGAUGAUGCAAUGCUGUCAGCUUUAACAGCUGGAGAAACUUUAUACUACUCAGCUCAACUUCAAUUUCCAAACUCAAUGUCCAUAGCAGAGAAGAAGAGACAAGCAGAUAUCACACUCAGAGAAAUGGGCCUGCAAGAUGCUAUUAACACAAGGGUUGGAGGGUAUGGUUCUAAGGGCCUAAGUGGAGGACAAAAGAGGAGACUAAGCAUUUGCAUAGAGAUGCUAACACGCCCUAGACUUCUUUUCCUUGAUGAACCAACUAGUGGACUUGAUAGUGCAGCUUCCUACUAUGUUAUGAGUAGAAUUGCAAGUUUAAGUCUAAGGGAUGGUAUUCAAAGAACAAUUGUUGCAUCCAUCCAUCAGCCGAGUAGUGAAGUUUUUGAACUUUUUGAUUACCUUUGUCUUCUUUCUUCUGGAGAGACAGUCUAUUUUGGUCCAGCUUCUGAAGCAAAUCAGUUUUUUGCUUCAAAUGGUUUCCCUUGUCCAACUCUCUAUAAUCCUUCUGAUCACUACUUAAGGAUCAUAAAUAAAGAUUUUGAUCAGGACAUUGAAGAAGGCUUAGGUAAAGGAUUUAUUACUGAAAAAGCAAUUGAUGUCCUUGUAAAUUCUUAUAAAGGGUCUGAAAUGAAAUUUCAAGUUCAGAUUGAGGUGACAAAAAUAAGUAAAUGUGAUUUGGGCGCAAUGAGGAAUAGGAGGACGCAUGCUCUAUUUCUGAGUCAAUGCAUGGUUCUUAUAAAAAGAUCUUCCCUGCAAUUGUAUCGUGACAUCAGCAACUACUGGUUACGUCUUGUUGUGUUUAUUGCAAUAGCUAUAAGCCUAGGCACCAUCUUCUAUCAGGUCGGCUCAAGUAAGAGAUCUAUUCAGGUCAGAGGAUCACUACUUUCAUUUCUGAUGUCUGUCCUAACUUUCAUGACACUUAUUGGGGGAUUCCCGCCCUUGAUUGAGGAAAUGAAGGUGUUUGAACGAGAGAGAAUGAAUGGGCACUAUGGCAUUACUGCCUUUCUCAUUGGCAACAUAUUAUCUCCUAUUCCUUACAUGCUAAUGAUCUCUCUCAUGUCUGGGGUAAUAGUGUGUUACCUUUCUGGACUACACAAAGGAGUAGAGCAAUAUCUAUACUUUGCUUCUAUCCUAUUUGCCAUUAUGAUGUGGGUUGAGAGCCUUAUGAUGGUUGUGGGAAGUAUCUUCCCAAAUUUUGUGAUGGGAGUUAUCAUUGCUGGUGGAGUUGAAGGACUUGCAAUUUUAACAGGUGGAUUCUAUCGACUUCCUGAUGAUCUUCCAAAUCCAUUAUGGAAGUACCCUUGCUACUACAUUUCCUUCCUCACAUAUGCUUUUCAAGGAUCAUUUAAGAACGAAUUUGAAGGCUUAACAUUUGUUUGGCAUCGAGAUGGAGGUACCAUAAAAGUUAGUGGUAGAGAUAUACUAAGUGAUACAUGGCAUGUGCAAAUGGGUCACUCUAAGUGGGUUGAUCUUGCUAUCAUGUUUGGAAUGAUUUUUGUUUAUCGUAUUCUAUUCUUGGUCAUCAAUAAGAUCAAAGAGAAGUCAAAACCUAUUGUUCCUACCGUAAAUGGAGCCCAAGCAAAAACUUUCUCCAUAACCAAUAUGGAUGAACUCUAAAUAAGGCUCUACAAAUAUCAUAUGUAUCUUACUUGUACUAUCAUACUAUGGGUGUGGGUUGUAUAGUUCAAGUAAUAUAUAGAAAGCAACAAGCAUCAUUAUGUUAUGAUUGUUAUCACCAUUGUGACAUCAGAGAGUAUAAAUUUGCGAAAUCAUGCAGAAUAUCCCAGCAUCUACACCAAAAUGCUUCAUGUUAUUGACCUAAAUAAAUAAAAAUAAUAUACCUCGAUGGUUUGAUGCAAAACACCGGAGAAUUGUGAACAAUGAUUAUCAAUCAUCAUCCCUUAGGGUUCAUAUUCAAAUUUCAACACCUUAAUAACAGCAAGUAAUACCAUCAUGUAUGAUUUCUAAAUUCUCAUUGAAGAACUCAUUGUUCAAAGUAAUAGGUGAGAAGAACUCACUCACAUGCAUCAAAAAUGGGAGAAUAGCUUCUCGUUGGAAUCAUGAGUCACAAGUUUCUUAAGCGCGUGUAACAGAGGAAUGAGUUGAUCCUCUCUAUCUCUUCUAUCUUCCUCUGCAAAUGGGGACGGAUAAUCGAAAUCUCUAUUUUAUUUUAUUUUUACAAAUCAUCGAUUC